UUGUUAUUCUACUUGUGUAUUUUAUUUGUUCUUUUAGCUAAAACAUAAAUAAAUUACACAUUGGAUCAAAUAAAAUAGAAACAGAGAGUUUAAUACUCGUCUGUUAGUUUUUGUUGACAAGAGCAUUGUAAAAUUUGAUUCAAUCGUUUUGCAUAACGCAACAACAAAUGCAAUUGAUGGAAAUUAUAGAAGGCUCUUUUUAAAAUGUCUUUUCACCGACGAUGCGGCAGUCGGAUUCAAUUAUCAAACUCAAAUCGCACGGCAAGACGAAAUAUUAAUGAUUUCAAUCAUGGAAUUGUCAUAAGCUCCGAACCUAUGCUGGAUGGUGUAUGGUUUCAAGUGCGCAUCGAUGAAAAGACACAAGCAUGGAAUGGAACAAUGGAGAUUGGAGUUACAUGCAUGAAUCCAGAGACAGCCGAUUUUCCAUCAUGUGCACAAAAAUUGUCCAAUGGCACUUGGAUUUGGUCUGGCGCUGAUAUUCUAAAAGAUGGACAAUGUAUUCUUGAGAUGUAUGGCGGUAGUCUGGAUGUGUUGAAUGAAGGUGAUCGUAUCGCUAUAAUGCGAACGGUACAAGGAGAGCUGGUGUUUUCAGUGAAUGGUGAAUCGAAAGGAAUCGCAGCGGUUGGAAUUGCAAAACCAGUUUGGGCUGUUGUUAGUUUAUAUGGAAAAUGUACACAAGUAUCAAUUUGUCUUGAUGAAACGAAUUCAAGUUGUGCAACAUCCACUGCUGCAGCAGCCGUUACACUGUCAUCCGCAAACUAUGAUAUUGAAAAUUUCAUACCAAAUUACCAAGAGACAAUUUCCACAACGAGUACUCUUACAUUAAAUAGUCUAAUUGGAGAACGACGAAACGAUGACUACUUAUUGAGUGGUCGAUCAAAUGGAAUUGGUUUGCUUGAUAAUGAUCGCUUGCAUUUUCACAUUCGGUGCGGUUCGCUGGUUCAUUUAACUGCAAAUAAUCGAACAGCGGAACGACGACGAGAAUUGGAUGAAUUCAAUAACGGUGUUGUGAUGACGCAUCGGCCAUUGAGAGACAAUGAAUUAUUUGAAAUUCGUAUUGAUAAACUGGUUGAUAAAUGGUCGGGUUCAAUUGAGGUCGGCGUAACGACUCAUAAUCCAAAUCAAUUACACUUUCCGGCAACAAUGACGAAUAUGCGCAGUGGAACGAUUAUGAUGUCUGGCUGUGGUAUUUUAACAAAUGGCAAAGGCACACGACGUGAAUAUGGUGAAUUUAAUUUGGAUGAAUUAAGAGAAGGCGACCGAGUCGGAAUGAUGCGAAAAUCAAAUGGAAAUCUACAUUACUAUAUAAAUGGGCAAGAUCAAGGUGUGGCAGCAAAGCAAGUGGCACAAACAUUAUGGGGUGUUAUCGAUUUAUACGGCAUGACCAUUAAAGUAACCAUUGUCGAUCGUGAUGAACGUGAACAACAAAAUUUAAUCACCAGACGAAAUAACAUUAUAUCAAUGCAAAUGCAAACAUGUGUUGAAGAUAUGCCAGUAUACAGUCCUGAUGUCGAUUCAGUACAUAAUGGCGAACGUUUGACUUUUCAUCCAGUUUGUGGAUCUCAUGCUACUGUCACACAAAGUGGUCGCACAGCAUUAAGACCGAGUGCAUCGGACGAUUUUAACAAUGGCGUUGUUCUAACACGAAGACCAUUGCGAUCGAAUGAAUUGUUUCAAGUUCGUCUUGAGCGUGUUGUAUCAAAGUGGGCUGGAUCGAUUGAAAUUGGUAUAACCACGCAUAAUCCAACAGAGCUUGAUUUUCCAUUUACAAUGACCAAUGUUCGAACCGGAACUUGGAUGAUGACCGGCAAUGGUGUUAUGCAUAAUGGGAUCACAGUUAAGGAACAAUAUGGUCAUAGUUUGGAUCGACUUCAGGCGGGCGAUCGAGUUGGUGUUAUGCGAAAAGAAGAUGGAACACUUCAUUUUUGGGUCAAUGGCGUCGAUCAAGGGCCUGCAGCAAUAAAUGUACCCGAGAAAGUAUACGGUGUUGUCGAUUUGUAUGGGCAAGCAGCGCAAGCGAGUAUUGUUGAUGAUAAUGUCGAAACGAUUAUAAGUCCAGAGGCUGGUAACUCGACCUUUUCAAAUACCACAUUAAAUGGAGGAACGUGCAAUGAACAAAAGUUACGAUUUCAUGUGUGCCACGGUCCAAAUGCAAGAAUUUCCAAUGGAGGUUUAACAGCCAGUCGACCAAAAGCAUUGGCUGAAUUUAAUGGUUCAAUUGUGUUUAGUAAUCGACCACUGCGACAGCGUGAACUAUUUGAAGUUGUACUUGAAACUAUGAUCGAUCACUGGAAUGGUAGCAUUGAAAUUGGUGUAACAGGAAUACGACCAGAUGAAAUUUCAUUUACCAGUGCCACAGAUUUAGAACAAGAUACAAUCAUGGUGAGCGGUCAAACGUUGAUUCAUAAUGGUCGAACUGUUCGAAAUGAUAUGCCUUUCAAUCUCGAUAAUUUAACGUCCGGUUCGAAAGUUGGUAUAAUGCGUAAUGGUGAUGCAAUUCAUUUUUUCAUCAAUGGAAUUGAUCAAGGUCAUGCAUAUGAUUGUCACAUUCAAAAUAUGUAUGCGGUUAUCGAUUUGUAUGGGCAAUGUGCACAAGUGAGCAUUAUCGGUUCGAUGCAUUCAAGUACUCGGGCACCAUAUGCGAUUAGCGAAAAUUCACAAAGUGUUCAAGCGGCAUCAGUGAUUGCACCACUUACUGAAGUUAAACACAGAUGGUCGUGCAUAUCGGGAAGUGUGAGUUUAUUUCAAAAUUGGACAUUGGCUAAUCGUUGUACGAGUAAUCAACCGGCAUUGACACGAUGCCUUGUAUUUUCUGAACAUUUUUUGGUUGUUGGUGAACCAUUUGAAAUUAAAAUCACUGAAUACAAUGCAAUGUUGGCGGGUUGCUUGAAAAUCGGCGUGACUGAUCUCAAUUUAUCCGAUGAACAUGUACGCAAAAAUCUUCCGAUCUCAAUGAAACGCAUUCCAUCGAAUGUUUGGUAUGUGAGCGGCAAUGAAAUUCGUUAUAAUACAAUGCUAUUGAAACGUUCAAUGGCCUCGCUCGAAUGGUUACGCAUUGGCGAUCGCAUCACAUUGGAAUUGACGUCAGCCCGAACAUUACGUGUUUUGUUGAAUUCCGAAGAUAUGAACAUCACAUUUUCAAAUGUAUCACCAGAUGUAUAUGCAGUUGUUGAGCUACAAGGUCCGGUUAUGGCAAUUCAAAUAAUAUCAAUGCAAGUUCCUAUGUCACCGCUACGUCCAUGCACUUUACGACUUCAAGAUUCGCUCGAUUUGGGAUUGGAUCCAUUGAAGAACCAAGAAUCAUCGAUGUUGGAAUCAAUUGAUUCGGAAACGCCAUUCUUUGAAUUUUCUGAUCUGCAUGGCAGAAAUGUUCAACUACUCGAAGAUCGUCGCGUUGCUCAACGCAUACAAUCAUACAAUCAAGCAAUUGUUUGCAUUGCCAAACCAUUAUGUAAAGGUCAUAGCAUAAGUAUUAAAAUUGAGAAAAUCAACACAAAGUGGAAAGGAACAUUAAUUCUGGGUGCGGUGAGCAGUUAUUUGAAUGGCAUGCACCUACCAUCGUCGGCAAUUUUAUUACGUAGACCUUGUUGGAUUAUCACACACGAUUACAUCAAUUGUAAUGGCAAUAAAAUUCUAUCCAAACUGGGUGAAUCGCUUUUAAAAAUCCAAAAAGAUACAAUUAUUACAUUGACACUAACGCAUUCCGGCUCACUUACCUUGACCAUUAUUAAUAAUACGCAACCAGAGCGUAAAGGAAGUUCCAAUGAGAAUCCAUCAACUGCAUCAGAAAAAUUUGUUGAAGAAAUUGCCACUGGUCUUCCGCAACAUGUAUAUCCAAUAUUCGAUUUGUACGGUAAAUGUGAACGGAUCUCAUUACUUUAUCCGGAUAUUCGAAAUGGUAGCCCUAUUAAUGAGGAGGUUUGCACUUCAUUGGUAAACAACGAAACCGAUCGAAAUGUACCACAGCUGGAAAAGGCCGAUUUGGAAGUUCAUGAAAAAGAAAUAGAUCGUUUGCAACCAUCAAUUGAAGGCGAUGGAUGCAAUCAAGCCACCGUUGGCGCUGCUGGUAUUAUGAGCCGAUCAGUCGCUGAAAGUGUGUCGGAGAAUCUUCUUCACAAUUUAUCGAUAAAGAAUAAAACAGCAGAGAUAAGAAACGAACAAGGUGAAUCUAGUUCAUCAUGUUUCAUACGUGAUUCAUUGCUAUUGCAACACUCAACCAAUUUGAAUAUUCAACGAAGUCAGAGUAUAAAUCGGAUACAAAAUACAAAUAGUGGAACGGAAGAUCUUUACCCAGUCACCGAUAAUGCUCCACCCAUUUAUGAUGAUAAUAAUAUUGGUGCAUUAGCCUCUGCUUCGGCUUCAGCCAGCGACUCAAAUUAUAUAGAGAACUCCAAUUUUUAUCAUGAAGACACCAAUUGGUCAUCAACAUCAAAUCGACAACAGAGUCUUGUGCCAUCAACAUCAUUCAAAGAUCCAAACUACAAUCAAGUUACUAUAGUGAACGACAAUGAAUACAAUCAAAAUACUGGAGCAGAUAAUCACAAUCCAUCAACCGGAGUCGCUUUGGCCAGUACAAAUCCAGCGGCAAAUUCUCAUUUGAAUAAUGAAAACAAUGUCAGUCAAGUUUUUUCACCAAAUAUUCUUGAAAACGAUCAUCCCAGAGAUAGUAAUAUAGCGAGUGAACCAGAUCGAACAACGGAAACGCAAACCAGAAACAUUGCCAACGAAUAUGAAUCGGUUCAAAGUGUUGAAAACAAUGACUGUGAAUACCUUAAAUUAGUCAUGUCAUUUAAACGAACACUUGUUUUACCCGAUGUAUUCUUUUCGUAUGAUAUGGCUGUAUGCCAUUGUGCAUCCUGUAUGUCGAAUGGGAAAAAUCUGCUUGACGGGUGGGUACGAUUCAAAUUGAGUCAUAUAGUCACGAAUGUCGGUGGUUCAUCAUCAUCGUCUGAACCAGUCGAUUGUAACAACAGUGAUUGGACAACCGCUUAUUACAUGAGUCGUGUGGAUAAGAUUCGAGCAAUUUUGGAUCAUGGUCAAAUAGAACAAUGCGAAUAUGUGAAUGGGAAUCAGAAAGAUGAUUCAUAUCCAACGCUGUUACUGUUAUUUUCGACUCCAAACUCUCAGCAACAUACAUCAUCGGCUUUUGUUCAUCGCACUGGUUCGUUGGCAUAUCGUAUAGAGACAGCGUUUGAAGUGCGUGUCCGUACACAGGCUGUAUGUGUAGCCGAUACAAGCAUUACUGUAAAUGAUAAUGAACCAAUGGCAUCGAAUAGUCAGCCAGUUUCUGUUUGGACCACCAAAGAAGCGGGAGCUUGUGUUUUAUCGGCACUACUCCUCAAAUUAACUCAAGAAAAAACAGCAUAGAAAGCGAAAAUGUUCCCAAAAAUAUAAGUCCCAAAGAGACCAUCAA